UUUAGCACCAAUUUGACACCCAUUGAUAGACCCAACAACUCGUCCACGAGGGAAGCCUUAGGAAGCCACAAUAGAAUCAUCUCUUCAUCGAUGUCGUCUACAGUGAGCUCGAUGAAGACGACACUGCAGGAUGCUUUGGACGAUGUAGCCUCGACACGCUCAUCGUCUGGAAGGCGAAAUCGAGCUCUAGCUGUUCUUGAGCAGCAGCUUGCGCUUGCAUGUGUGCAGUCAUCUAAUGAUGAUACAUUAGAAACGUAUGUGAACCUUCAAGACGACUUCGAAUGCAAUGUUCCGUCCCGGAUUCUGGGCUGGAUACAAUGUACGACGCCUCAGCUAGAACUGUGCGCAAGCAAGAGCUCCACUAAGGAGCGUGAUACUGAAAUGAAUACCUCAUGCGCUCAGUUAUGCCAAGGCUUGUCAAUAAUACAAGGAGUCUCCCUUCACCACAAAUCAAGCAAAUCCUUUCUGGGUCGUCGAUUCUCCCUCGAGAUCUUGAUCGAGUUAUUGCUUACUUCUCGACAUACACCCAUCAUUGAUGCCUCUUCGGGGGAAAAUAAUUCCCGAUCGCCAGAAAAACCUGCGCCUGUCCUACAUUUAACUUCUGCUGUCUUGGAUACUUUACUAUGCGUUCUUGUUGAUUCUUCUCCAGCGCUACGUGCUUUUGAGGAAGUGAAUGGGAUCCAAGCAGUGGUGAAGAUCCUCAAACGAGCGGGAACACCACGCGAAGUCAGAAUGAAAUGCUUGGAAUUCCUCUACUUUUAUUUGAUGGAUGAGACUCCCGCCCACCCACAACCCGACGAAACACACUCACUACCCUCCUCCCCCGUUACCACCCGACCUAGCACACCUCUUCGACCUCCUGAAACAAAGAUGUUCGCUUGUCCUGUCUCUGGCCCCUCGAAUAUCUCCUUUGCGUGUUCCUCCACCAGAUCCUCAUCAGGUUCAUCCUCAUCCUCUUUCUUCUCCGCGUCCUCAUUUUCAUCCACAAUUACAACCACUAGCAUCGAGAGUAUUCGUGCACCUUCGCCUAUCAAGAAGUCCUAUUCUACCUCCACUUUCACUUCAUCGGACCCACGCACUCCUCCUAAUUCACCGCCUUCAAAAAUAUCCGGUGCUAGAAAAAUACCUGCGCCACUACAGUCACGCCCAAUGCUCAUGCUACGGAAGGAAGUGGAUUAUGAGCCGCUGAGCCCCAAGAAACCCAGAGGGUUCCGACCAGGUCUCGGAGUCACUGAUACACCUAGCGCUGUCACGCCUUCCGUGUCACGUUUUCGAGAGACGAUCAACAGCAAGACCUUCUCAUCAGGUCGCGCUGAGGAUGCAGAGGCGCGGUCAAGCAGGCACGACCGCGUGCGGACCACAGAUGAGAAGAAAGAAAUCUUAGGGAGUAUGCUGGGGAAUGUGGAUGCUCUCGUCGAUGGUGUGCGAAAAGCCGGCAUAUGGGGGCUUGGCUAAUUCACCUGAUGCGGGACCUCGUACCAGACAUUAUGCAUUCAAAAGCUUGCAGAAUGUAAUUUGGUGGUACUACAAUGCUGACAUGGUACACUGCUGCCGAUACGGAC